CACCGUCGCCGCCUCCAUUUGUUCUUGGGAAAUCUGCACACUUGCUGCAGCCGGGGGGUUCUCUUUCUUUGGGUGUUGUGAAUUGUGGUUGCCAUGGCCGUGGAGGCUGUGUCUGGCAAUGGCUGCGAGGCGGUGGCGCCGGCUCCGGCGAAGAAGGUGAGCGCCAAGGAGGCGGUCGCUGUGUCCAAGAACGCAUCGUUCAGGGAGGAGAGCAACUUCCUGGAUGAUCUCAAGGAGAGGGAGAGGAAGGCACUCGCCGAGCUCCGCGACAAGGUCGAGGCGGCCAUCGUGGAGGGCAAGCUGUUCGAUGACGGCAAGGCGGAGGAGAAGGAGGCGGCGGCCAAGAAGAAGACUGAGGUCGCUAUGGAGGAGGAAGUGAAGAAGGAGAAGGAGGCCGGCGCCGAGGAGGAGGAAGAGCAGGAAGAGAAGAAGGACGCCGAUGCCGUGGAGAAGAAAGAGGAGGAAGGCAAGAAGGAGACCGACGCCGAGGAGAAGAAUGAGGAGGAAGGCAAGGAGGAGGCCAAUAAAGUGGAACACGCCGAGGGGGAGAAACAGGCGGAGACGGCAGCCACUGUCGUCGACAAGGACAUUGCCCUUUGGGGCGUGCCCCUGCUCCCGAGCAAGGGCGACGAGGCCACCGACGUUGUGCUCCUCAAGUUCCUCCGCGCGCGCGACUUCAAGGCCGGCGCCGCGUUCGAGAUGCUCCGCAGGACCCUCCGCUGGCGCAGGGAUUGGAAGGGCUUCGCCGGCGACGAGGGCGCCGAUGCCGACGGCGCGCUCCUACCGGAGGAGCUCGAGGGCGCGUGCUACCUCGACGGCGCGGACCGGGAGGGUCACCCGGUGUGCUACAACGCGCUCGGAGUGUUCGCCGAUAACGUCGUGUAUACGAAGGCGCUCGGCACGGAGGUAGGCAAGGCGAGGUUCCUCCGGUGGCGGGUGCGCGCCAUGGAGCGCCACGUGGCCGAGCUGGAAUUCAAGCCCGGCGGCGCCGUGUCGCUACUGCAGGUGACCGACCUCAGGAACUCGCCGGGGCCGGCCAAGAAGGACCUUCGCGUCGCCGUGAAGCAGGUGCUCGACCUGUUCCAGGACAACUACCCCGAGCUGGUCGCAAGAAACAUCUUGAUCAAUGUGCCGUUCUGGUACUACGCGUUCAGCACCCUGUUCUACCCGUUCCUGACGCAGAGGACCAAGAGCAAGUUCGUCAUUGCUCGCCCAUCCAAGGUCACUGAGACCCUCCUCAAGUACAUCCCGAUUGAGGCCAUUCCGGUGAAGUACGGUGGUCUGAAGCGCGACGGCGACACCGAAUUCUCCACCGAAGGCGGCGAAGUCACUGAGCUCACUGUCAAAACAAGCUCCACCGAGACCAUAGAGAUCGAAGCCAGUGAGGCUGAUAGCACCCUGACAUGGGACCUGACGGUGCUGGGCUGGGAGGUGAACUACAAGGAGGAGUUCGUGCCGGCCGACGUGGGCUCCUACACCAUCAUCAUCAGCAAGGGCAAGAAGAUGGGGUCCGCGGAGGAGGCGGUACGCAACUCGUUCCACGCCGGCGAGCCGGGCAAGGUCGUGCUCACCGUCGAGAACACGUCGCACAGGAAGAAGAAGGUGCUGUUCAGGCACAAGGCCAAGUCCUCUGCCAAGAAAUGCUGAGGCUCUGAAAACGUUGGUGAUGUACGAGAGUACAAGCGAAUUCAGCAUUCGAUUCCAUUCUUUGCGUGAGGGAGAGAGAGAGCAUUGUUUGUGUGUGUGUGUGUGUGUGGUGAUUCGUUUUAUUGUUGCAGCAUGACAUUCGUUGUC